GAUCAAUAAGAAGCUCCAUGAGAUAAUAAUUCUCGCUCUUCGCUGUCAGAAUCAAUGGUGUCUGACCAUUGCUAUCUUGACAAUUCACAUCAAUCCUCUCGUUGAGCAGUAAUGCUUUUACUAUCUUUUUCUGUGCAUCCUGUCCACUCAACGUUUGUGUAGUGUCGGUGAAAAUAUGCGUCAUGGCCCAUAUCAAUGGAGUGCGCUUCUCAUAAUCCUCAGAGUUGAUCUCCGCACCAUUUACCAGCAGACAAGCGAUCACGUCGAUAUUAGCCGAUGCUAACCUCGGGAAUAUCUUUCGCGGCCCUAUGACCCGGCCAUAUACCAGUCCAGGUGUCGCUGCCAUGAAAAUGGAGUGCGACCACCUAUGUCUUUUGAGUUAGGAUCGGCUCCGUAGUCCAGCAAGAGUUUCGUGUAUUGGAUGCUUUGGAGUUCGGCGGCGUAUGAAAGCGCCGUCCGGCCGAGACAGUCUCGCAGUUCAAUGUAUUCCAGGGACAUAGAUUCCAGUAAUACUUGCAGCGCUUCAAAACAUGCAUGGCCUGGUGCUUGCGCUAUAUGCUUUCCCCAGAGACCGUUCUCGAAAGUGAAUAAUGACGCUAUCCAGUUCGCAAGGUGUUGUCUUUUCCGGUUGAAUAACUGCUAUGAUUUCGUCCUCAUGAUACACGCAGAUAUCGGUUUUGCGCAGCUUGAAUUUCAGGCGGAUGCUUCUGGGUAUUUUGGCUCCGAGAAGACUCGGAUGCCAAAACUCGAGAAUAGGGUGUAUAUGAGACCUCUCAGAAACCCAUUGGAUCUGUAUUAUGAGCCUCGGCUGGAGGUGAAGACGUUGACAGUUCUUUGCUGGUGCAGCACGAGCAACAUGGAGGGUUUGGUAUACAGCGAUCCUGGAAGCAUCGUCCCUAGAAAGGCAAUGUUAGCAUCUCUCCCAUAAAUCUUUGAAAGCGUGAGUGCUGUUGGCAUUGACUUUGGUU